CGUGCAUAAAAACAAGCUCCAUAAUUCAUUCCCUUCGUGUGCCAACUCUCAUCCUCCAUUUCCUCCCCUCGACAGCAAGGAAGUGCAUGAGGAAAGCCAAGCUCCCUGGUGCCGUCGCGGUCAUGAAGUUCGCCUCCCACCAGCGCUCCAUCGGCGUUCUCACCCGCGCCCGGGCUCUCGCCGCUGCGGCGCAGGACUCACACCUUGCCUAUCUCGAGCUGAGGAGCCGCCGCCUCGAGAAGCCCCUUUCUCCUCCGCGCGCUUUCAAGCCCAAGGCCACUGCCCCCAGGGAACCCUCCACAAUAAACGCUAACCCUAGGAUCAUCCCGCUGAAUGCUGGCACGUCGAACUCGGGGAGGGAGGUGUCCUGUCGGUCGAAGAACUUGGAGAAGGAGCGCUCGCCAGUUGUGGAGGUGUCGUGCGCCGAUAGCAAUCUCGAGUCCGAAUCGAGAGAAAGAGAAACAACACCAUGCAGUUUGAUAAGGGAUUCAGAGACAAUAAGGACACCAGAUUCUUCAACAAGAGCUAUUGCCAGUAGCAAGGGAAUGCAAGAAGAUCCUAUCUGCCAAUACAUCCCUUCUAAUCAGGAGACAGAAGAGUUUCUUGUCAGGCUAGAGAAACUACAGCAACAAAUAUUCAUGGAAAAGUACAACUUUGACCCUGUGAAUGACUGCCCGCUCCCAGGGCAAUAUGAGUGGGUAAAGCUUGACUGCUAAGAAUCGAACGGCAUCACAAUCAUCAUCCUUCUCUGGAGGUGAAAUGAUGAUGCUUUCUUAAUCACAUUCCGUCUUGUAAAAUUAUCCCUAAUGUAGGCUAGUGUAAUGACAUAGGUGGGUUAAUUAGAACUGAUAAGAAGCACUCUUAGGAGAAGUAUGUUGAAGCUUAAUGUAACUCCUGACAGAUCAACCCAGUGGAUCUGUGGGUUCAAUCACAUCUGUAAUUUAUUUUAUUUUUCUAGUUCAACCGUGAUGCACCAGUUCAGAUUGCUUGCACUAUAA